CUGCAGAGUGCACAAUCUGCCGCCUACGCCGAUAGGCUACUGUCAGUGUCCGUCAGCUCGUGCUCUUCCAGGAUUCAGGAAGAAGCAAGCACUGCAAGUUCAACUAGGACUACCUAGGUUGCUUGCAAGUCGAGGGAGUUUCGCUGUUCUAAGGGAGUUUCGCUGCCAAUCCAACCUGCUGGCGAAAGCUAGCUGUUCAUUGCUGUUCGGAUUGCUGACUCCCGUUUUGCGGCCAUCUUCGUUUUAUCGUUCUCGCUUGCGGAGCGGACGCCGUCUUGCCUUGGCUCGCUGUGGCCUCUGCCACUGCGCCGUCCUGAUCGGGUGUCCCCGCUGUGACCCAUUGCUCUGCCGCAGCUCUCCGCCUGCCAGCACAAGCGAAGCUCCGAUCCACUGUGGGGAACAAGUGUCGGGACGCAGUACCAUGGCAACAGCGACCAAGGAGGCCAGCGCUCCGGCGGCUGCUGACAGCCCCAACGGAGUCAAAGACUCUGGCCCCCCCUCUCUGAGCGUGGGGGCCAUCCUGGGCAAGGUGCGCGCCAGAGACCCCCACCAGGCAGAGUUCCUGCAGGCGGUGGAGGAGGUCCUGCGCUCCCUCACCCCCGUCCUGGACAAGCACCCCGAGUACCUGCCGGUGGUGGAGCGGCUGGUGGAGCCAGAGCGCGUGGUGCAGUUCCGCGUGGCCUGGCUGGACGACGCGGGCGUGCAGCAGGUCAACCGCGGCUUCCGCGUGCAGUUCAACCAGGCGCUGGGGCCCUACAAGGGCGGCCUGCGCUUCCACCCGAGCGUGACGCUGAGCAUCAUCAAGUUCCUGGGCUUUGAGCAGAUCCUGAAGAACAGCCUCACCACGCUCGCCAUGGGGGGGGCCAAGGGUGGCUCCGACUUCGAUCCCCGCGGCAAGUCCGACAAUGAGGUGAUGAAGUUUUGCCAGAGCUUCAUGACGGAGCUCUUCCGCCACAUUGGACCCGACACAGACGUCCCCGCAGGGGACAUCAACGUGGGUGGGCGCGAGAUCGGGUUCUUGUUUGGGCAGUACAAGCGGCUGACGGUGCACUACGAGGGCGUCCUGACCGGCAAGGCGCUGCAGUGGGGCGGCUCCCUCCUGCGGCCCGAAGCCACGGGCUACGGGCUGGUGUACUACGCUCAGGAGGUGCUGCGCGGGAUGGGCAAGGACCUCAAGGGCAUGCGGUGCUUGGUGUCCGGCUCGGGCAACGUGGCGCAGUACACGGUGGAGAAGCUGCUGCACCUCGGCGCGCUGCCCGUCACGCUCUCCGACUCGUCGGGGUACAUUUACGAGAAGGACGGCUUCACCCCGGACCGCCUGCAGCACGUGCUCGACCUGAAGCAGAAGAAGCGCGCGCGCAUCAGCGAGUACACCAAGAAGUUCAACACCGCCGUCUACGUGGACGGCGCCAAGCCGUGGGCGGUGGACAGCGCGGUGGUGGCCUUCCCGUGCGCCACGCAGAACGAGGUCACCGAAGCCGACGCGCAGCGCCUCGUGGACGCCGGCGUCAAGUACGUCUUCGAAGGCGCCAACAUGCCGUCCACUGCGGAGGCGAUUGCGGUGUACCUGCGCGCCGGCGUCGUCUACGGCCCCGCCAAGGCCGCCAACGCGGGCGGGGUGGCGGUGUCGGGCCUCGAGAUGGCGCAGAACAGCCAGCGCUUCCCCUGGUCUAAGGAGGAGGUCGACGACAAGUUGCAGGGCAUCAUGCGGAGCAUCUACACCGAGUCCAUGGCGGCUGCGCAGGAGUACGGCAUGGCCGCCACCGACCCCGGGGCGCUGCAGGCGGGGGCCAACAUCGCAGGCUUCGUCAAGGUCGCGGAGGCGAUGCUCAGCCAGGGCUGCGUCUAACGCGCCCGCCAGAGGCGCAUGGAGGGACCCGCGCGUAUUUAUUGGGGACGCGCAGGGGGGGGAACAGACAGGCCGGGGGAGGCAGUGUCCGAGGAGGCCGCACAGCCGGGGGCUGCGCAAGGGCCACGACACCGUGAUCUUUGUUGGCCAACCGUGCUUGGAAGCACCAGCCGAUGGAUAAAGUAUGCGCGUGUAUUGUUGAUGUCACUGUAUAUAAUUGUGAUUGGAUUUCCGAAAGCAUAAUUUUGGACUACUCUUGGAGAUUUGAAUCAGAUGUUGGACACGAUUGCUUCCAGCAGGAAAGGUUGGCAAGAAGCUGGCGUGCUCGUGAGAUUCCAGCACACAAUUGUGCAAUCCCGAGGCCGCAUGAUGCCCGUCGAGUAUGGAGUCGAUGGAAAAGUACGGAUGGCAGACAAACCGGUAAUCUGCUUACCCUAGUCUCGGGAUUAUGACUCGUGCAUGUGAGGAUGCAUUGAAAGAUGGGAUAAGUUCUCAUUGAAGCCAGCUCGGCGGCUUGUCGGCCGUUACUUUCGGGUGA